AUGGGAAAGACUCCAGGUGCCCUUUCCAGGGCUGUCUCUGUGGAGGGCCUGGGCAGCCCACGAAGGCAGGAUGGGGUUGGAGAGCAGCCGUGUGCCAUGGUCACUGGAACUCCCCCCACCAGCCCCCAGGCAGGCAGGGCUGUUCUGUGUCAAGGGCAUAAAUCUCCGCAGGCAGUGGCUUAUGGGGAGACCUUUUGCUGGGGCUGCAGACUCACGAUUUCCUCCUCAGUGUUUGUCACCCGCCAUGGCGUUCUGGUCAGCUCUGAGGGCCAGAGCCUGGGCCUUUGUCUGGUCUUUGCCAGGUUUUUGGUACUUCACCAUGUGACCAGCCAUCCCACUCGCCAGUGGUGA